GGCUGUAUAAGCACGGUAGCUUCUAACCCGUUUCAUUUUUGCUUCCACCACCUCCAUCCUCUCUAUAUUCCUCCAAUUAUUUGCCUCUCCUCCCUCCUCGUCUUCUCCCUCCCUCCGUCCCCAUACCUUCUGGUCAUCCCUUCCUCCUCCGCAUGAAGAGGCUAGUGACAUUGCUACUGGUUCUAGUAGUGGUUGCUACCAUUAAGGGUAUUCAAGAUGUUGAUGGGCCUUGUAAAUUUAAAAGAACAGUGGCCCCAAGACCCCAUAGCGUUACACUUACUGAGUUUGGAGCUGUUGGAGAUGGAGUGACGUUGAAUACCAUUGCAUUUCAGAAUGCAAUCUUCUAUUUAAGGUCUUUUGCUGAUAAGGGUGGAGCUCAGCUUUAUGUUCCCGAAGGGAAAUGGCUUACAGGAAGCUUCAACCUCAUUAGCCACCUCACUCUAUUUCUUGACAAAGGAGCUGUCAUCAUUGGAACUCAGGACCUAUCACAAUGGCCAACAGCUGAGCCUUUACCUUCAUAUGGCCGUGGAAUAGAACUUCCAGGGCGAAGGUAUCAAAGUUUGAUCAAUGGCAACAAUUUGACUGAUAUAGCCAUAACAGGGGAUAAUGGAAUCAUAGAUGGACUGGGUUCUGUGUGGUGGGAUUCUUACAUUUCCCAUACUUUGAAAUAUAGUCGGCCUCAUCUUAUUGAGCUUGUGAAUUCUAAUGGUGUUCUGAUCUCAAAUUUGACUUUCAUAAAUCCACCGGCAUGGACAAUUCAUCCUGUUUACUGUAGCAAUUUAGAGGUUCAUAAUACAACAAUUUUUGCUCCAUCGGACUCUCCAUUUACAAAUGGUAUUGUCCCAGAUUCAUGCUCAGAUAUAUGCAUUGAAGACACUACCAUCUCUGUGGGACAUGAUGCAAUCACCAUCAAAAGUGGUUGGGAUGAGUAUGGAAUCUCCUACUCAACACCCUCCACCAACAUCCAAAUUACCAAUGUCUUCCUCCAAUCUCCUUCUGGCUCAGCUCUCGCAUUCGGCAGCGAGAUGUCGGGUGGAAUCUCAAACAUCCAUGCCGACCAUCUCAGAAUCUACGGCUCACAAUUCGGCAUCAACUUCAAGACUACCCGAGGCCGUGGCGGUUUCAUCAAUGACAUCUUAAUCUCUGAUGUAGAGAUGAAUUCUGUUGGAACUGCAAUUCAGUUCACCGGGCAUUGUGGCGGUCACCCUGAUGAUCUUUAUGAUCCUGAAGCUCUCCCGGUGAUCAAUCGAGUUACAAUCGAGAAUGUCGUUGGAACCAAUAUCUCUGCUGCUGGUGCUUUGUACGGUAUUGAACUUGAUCCAUUCACUGCCAUUUGUCUCUCAAAUAUGAACAUAACGGUCGAAUCUACUGAAACUUCAGCUUCAUGGAAUUGCUCCAAUGUAUCAGGGUUCUCGCAGAAUGUCUUCCCUGAACCAUGUUCUGAUCUUCAAUUACAUUACUCUAAUUCAUCAUUGCUAUGCUAUUCCCUAGUAAACUAUUCGUAUAUUCCCUUGGCUACAGUAUAAGUAGUUCUCUCUUCUUCUGCUUUUGUUGUGGAUCUCUAUAUAUUGUGCAAUAUCCCUUUCUUCCCUUCCUCUUGAUGUAUCUUGCAGUUCAUUCUUUUCCUGUCCAAUAAGUUUAUUCAUUGGAAGAUAAAGCUGAUCAUCUUUGCUUAUCAGAGCCCCAAAGCUUAUGUAUUGUACAGCUAUGUUUGUUCCAUUCAAAUCUGUAAGAAAAAUUUUGAGCUUAUGGCAAUGCAAUGCAUUUGAUUUCA